AUGGGCGGGGCCGGGCGGUGGCGCCGGCUGCGGGCUACAGAAGAUGGUGGAUGGACGGUGCUGGGUGGGGGAGAGGAUGCCAGUGGAGUAAAGGAUUUCUCUGGAUGGAGAGGCGUUUCUAUCCGCUCGAGCGAGCGGCGUAAGGACCUCACAGCCUCAUGGGGCGCCUGCAAGUUCAUCAGGAUCACGGAGUUGGAAUCGUUGCUUCUCAAGCGCGACGACGACUACUUCCGGAUCAGGUGUGACGUCGCCAUCAUCAGGGAGGCUCCUCAAGAGCAACCGCGUCUCGGCCUCGGCUACCUCCUCGCCGGCCAGCCGGUGGGCCGGGACGUGACGUUCGAGGUCGGCCGCGAGGUGUUCACGGCGCACAGGUGCGUGCUCGCCGCCCGGUCCACGGUCUUCCUCGCGGAUCUCUUUGGCCCCGGGGGGAAGCAGCACCAGAACGACGCUGCCGACGCCGCCUCUCGCGUACGGAUCGACGGCAUGGGGGCGAGGGUGUUCGAGGCGUUGCUUCACUUCGUCUACACCGACUCUUUUCCAAAGGUGGACGACGACGGCGAUAGGGUCGCCAUGGCUCAGGGCCUGCUCGCGGCGGCGGAUCGGUACAAGUUGGAGGGGCUCAAGUCGGUCUGCGGCGACGUGCUGGGCGGCUACAUCAACGCAACCACGGUGGUGACUACACUGCAGCUGGCUCACAAGCAUGGGUACCACAACCUGAAGGAGGCAUGCGUCAAGUUUCUCAAGGAUGUGCUGGGAAAAGUUGGUCAAGUCUAA